AUGGGCAACCUCAUUGGGACAGGUCCACUGCCCAAUAAUAGAACCUAUGCAAUGGAAAUAGACGGAUGGGACAAGGCCGACCUUCUCUUUGAUCUUGACUCUCCACAUUCCAUGGCCGAUCCCAGGGCUCCUGUCCACGAGGACGGCAAUGUCCCCUCUCUCGAAGCUCAACUCUCCCGAGUUCGUCGCCUUGAAUGGAGGGGUAACAACAGCACUCACUAUAAGGAGGGCAUUGGCCAGGAGGAUUGCCACCUUGGGCUUCUUGGCCCUGGCAUCCUUGAAGAGCAGGAGCCAGCCGUCACUGUGGAGGACCGCCCGCGACUCACGCUCCAGGAAGUCGCAGAAAUCCCGAAGGACGACCCGAUUCUCGACGAGAGCGGCGGCCAUCCACCAGGUUCAGGCCAUCCACGAGGCUCAGGCCUUCGAGUGAGCCUCCGCAUCGCUCUUCCUGGAAGGUAA